AUGAAUGACUGCAAGCCAUGUGCAACACCACUACCUUCAACUCUUAAGAUUCAGGCCACUGGAGGUGCUGUAUUUGACAACCCUCAACUCUAUCGUUCUGUAGUGGGAAGCUUGCAAUAUCUCACUGUAACUAGGCCAGACUUGGCCUAUAGUGUAAACAAAGUUUCACAGUUUAUGCAAUCUCCUCUAGAGGCACACUGGAAACUAGUUAAAAGAGUACUGCGGUAUGUGCAAGGUACAGCUGCAUAUGGCCUUAAAAUUCAUAAGGAUCCAUCCCUAAAGAUCACAGCUUAUUGUGACUCACACUGGGCUGGUGAUCCAAAUGACAGAAAGUUAGUUGGUGAUUUCUGUGUCUUCAUGGGAAGGAAUCUAGUAUCUUGGCAGUCAAAGAAGCAAGGAGUGGUGGCUAGGUCAAGCACUGAGGCUGACUGGCUGACCUUGUGGCAGAAUUAA